UAUUACAGGACAGGAAGUGCGCAGGGAAACGUCGGGUCGCUGUUUUCGUUCCCCCUUCUCGGGAGUUGCUUCUCGGUGCCUUUUCACCAUGAAGGAAACGAACAUGUCUCUCCCCGUGAGUGUUGGAACUCUGCUGCAGUCGGGCCUGCCGGAGGACGCUGCUUACCGGGACGACGGCCUCUGUGUUGUCGGUAUUUUCGGGAAAAACAACACGCAGCCCGGACCGCUUAAAGACUCUCUUAUCAACAUAUUGGAAGACAAACAUAUCUUCUCCGUGUUCGGUGAACCAGAGAACGACGACACAGCAGACAGCCACAUCCAGGCCUUCUACAACCAGGAGAACCGGGUACUGUACCUGCUGUUGUCCUCCGUGUCCGACAGCCGGCAGCUGCUCCGGGCCUGUCGGUCUCUGAGCGCUGGGAUCAGCCACUCCGACGCUCACGACUUCUGGAAAGGGCUGGACCGACAGCACUGUCUCCACCUGCUCUACAUGUUUUCAGUGUGCCACGUCCUGCUGCUGGUCCACCCCAGUCAGACCUUCGACGUGACCUACGACAAGCUCUUCAGAGCCCUGGACGCCCUGCGGCAGAAGGUGCUGCCCCUGAUCCGGGCUGCCAUCAAGGACUGUCCGGUAUCCAAAGAGUGGAAGCUGAACUGCAGACCCUGUCCCCCACGGCUGCUUUUUGUCUUCCAGAUGACCGCCACUCUCAAGGUUUCUGCAAAUGGAUUUGAGUCUGGAGGGAAUCCCGACAAACCCAAAAAGCAUUCUCCCAGGAGAAGGCUGCAGCAUGCUCUGGAGGAUCAGAUUUACCGGAUCUUCCGUAAAAGCAGAGUUCUGACCAACCAGAGCAGUAACUGUUUGUUCACCGUGCCUGCAAACCAGGCGUUUGUGUACGUGAUGCCAACAGCAGACAAGGACCCAGUAGGUACUUUGCUCAGCCAACUGCAGUCAAACUGCAUGCUGUCUGAGCAGGACUCCCCCGUGCCCGUGUCAGGGCCGAGGCGAUACCAGCAGAUGCGCCGAUCGGCCCGGCAGCCCUGCAGCGGUGGCGAGCUGCGUGGCUUAUCGUUGGGCGGUCAGCUAGUGGAUUGCAGCUUGAGGGAAUUCCUUUGGCAGCACGUUGAACUGGUGCUGACCAAGAAAGGUUUUGAUGACAGCGUUGGUCGCAACCCACAGCCUUCGCACUUUGAGCUGCCGACGUACACCAAAUGGAUCCAGGUCUCCUCCAGACUCUACCAAGUCCUAAUCACCAACACGGAUGAAGAACUGGCUGAGUUGGCCACAAAAGUCCAAAGCCAGGUGAAGGUUUUGGAUGGAUUUCUUGAUGCUGAUACAAAGUUUUCAGAAAACAGGUGCCAGAAAGCUCUGCCACUGGCUCACAGCGCCUACCAGUCUAACCUUCCACACAACUACACCACAACAGUACACAAAAACCAGCUGGCUCAGGCCCUGCGGGUGUACAGCCAGCAUGCCCGAGGCGUGGCUUUCCAGCGGUAUGCCCUGCAGCUCCACGAGGACUGUUACAAGUUCUGGAGCAAUGGCCACCAGCUGUGUGAAGAGAGAAGUCUCACAGACCAGCACUGUGUUCACAAGUUCCACCUCCUGCCUCAACCUGGAGAGAAAGCAGACCUAGAUCACAACCCACCCAUCAUGAACCACAACAGCAGGGGGCGCUCCACCAGCUCCUGUAACUGUGGGCGGAAACAGGCUCCUCGGGAGGAUCCCUUUGACAUCCAGUCUGCAAAUUACGACUUCUACCAGAUGCUGGAGGAGAAGUGCUGUGGGAAGCUGGAGAGGAUCGAGUUUCCUGUGUUCCAGCCCAGCACUCCGGACCCAGCGCCAGCCAGCAACCAGACUCAGCGGCUCCCAUCUGAAACAGACACAGAGAGGCAGAAGGAAGCGAGCACGGCUCAGAGCCACACACCUGGAGAAACCAGUCUCAGCCUGGCUCUCAGUCUGGGUCAGUCCACAGACAGCCUGGAGCCCUACGGGGAUGGAGACGCACCUGAAAACCAGGUUCAGCCCAAGAGGCCUAGCCUCGUGGACCGUCAGCCCUCCACUGUGGAGUACUUACCAGGUAUGAUGCACUCCAGCUGUCCAAAAGGCCUUCUCCCAAAGUUCUCCAGCUGGUCACUGAUCAAACUGGGCCAAGCGAAGUCUUACAACUGCCACACUGGUCUGGAACAGCCAGGAUUCCUCCCCGGCUCUUCCUUCCUCUUGCCGUGGGACUUGGUGAUCCGGUCUCGUUCGGUGGAGGACGCAGGAGUGAUGGAGCCUUUGGACGGAGGCGCGUCAUCAUGGCCAGCUCCCAACAAGAGCCUGGUUGGAAAGCGAGGCAGCACCGGUGGGCUCGGUAGGAGUCGCAGGAGGGACGACAUGGCUCGGGUCUUUGUAGGGUUUGAGUACGAGGACAGCAGAGGACGACGCUUCAUUAGCUGUGGGCCUGAUAAGAUAGUAAAGGCUCUGGGGCCAGGGGGCGCCAAAGAUCCCGCCACCCGAGUCUUAAACACAGACAUGCCGCUCUACGUCCCAUCUCCAUCACAGGGGCGAGGCCUGAAGCCGCACUUCGCACAGCUGACUCGUCUCUUUAUUGUGGUUCCCGACACGCCGCUGGAGAUCACGCUGAACCCCCAGGUCCAACCCGGACUUCCUCCUUGCCCCAUCUUUCACCCGGAGCAGCCGGAGGUUGUGCUGCCCCCCGACAGCUUCUGGGUUCUGCGGUUUCCUUAUUCCUACGCAACUGAGCGCGGCCCCUUGUUCCCCCCCAAAGAGAACCAACCCCUCAACAACUACAAGGUGCUGCGAGGCAUCCUGAGAGCCUCCACAGCCAACCCUCCGCCCCAGUGAGCAUCUGACAUCAGCAAAGCAUUUAGGACGACUUUAACUUUUUAUCUAAGAAAAGCUUCACAGAGCUGGAAUAUUAAAUCACGGAGCAGCAGGACAUUCAGGGAGUGUUUGAGCACAGAUUUGAUGUUUUAUACGCUAAGUCCGUUAAUGUAGGUUACGAGCAGGGGGUGCUCAUCUGCUGACAUCGGCACUCGGGACCCUCCUAAGGAGCAGAGCUGAGUGAACUUUUUUGAGUUUAAAUCAAACAAUAAAUGUUUAUCUCAGGAUGAGAUGUGGUUCUUCAGAAAUGUGUUUAUCUGUUCAGAUUUAUUCAGAUUCACACACCCGGUGCUGGAGAGCACAUUUGUGCUUUUGUAAAUAAAACCCUUCAACCUGU